ACAGGCGGAAGAGCACGUCGACUGGGGGACGAGCGUGCAGGCUUGACGUCGCGUUUCGUACUUCAGCGGCACCGUGCCUCCACCAUGUGUAGUGUAUUCGUCGCAGGCAAAACGAAGCGGCGUGUCAGCUCCUGCGCUCGCCACGUCCAUGCGAUCGGCGCUUCCGUGGUUCAGGGACGGAGGACGAACGCUCCCAUCGCGGUGUGGGUGGCGGUGGACGUUGCUCUUCCUCGUGGACGUGCGCGAAUGGAGGGAUGCGAUGGGGGUGGCCGUGCUGUGCUGUCCCGAACGGAGAGGACAGCUGUCGCGGCGGCUGCCGUUGCCGUAGUCCGUCGAUACAAAGCGGAGAGGGCGGCGGGCCGCAUGAAGGCAGUGCUUUCCAGGCGGCAACACAGGCUUCUGCUGCAGAGGGUGUUGGACGCCCCGGACUGCAUCACGACUUCGGAGGCCGUGGUUCAGCUGUGCGCUGCAAUCGGCUCCGGUGUGCUUCCCAGGGCGACGCCACGUUGGUGGAUGAGGCGGAGAACUGGUGGGACUUGGGAGGAUUUGCGGGUGUGCGAUGACACGACGGAUGACUACUUCCGGGAAAAGCUCCGCAUGUCGAGGAGAGUGUUCAUGGAGAUCACCGAAGCCUGUGCGCCUCAUUUGCAACGACAGGUCACGUUUUACAGGGAGCCGCUUCAGCCGGAUCAGAUCGUCGCGUACGCGCUGUAUAGGUGGGCAACAGGAGAGUCGUACGACAACAGCACAUCAUCGUUCGGCAUUGGUAGAGCAUCCGAAGUUCGAGCCGUGCGCGAUGUGACAGCCGCGUUGUUGAGGGUCUACAGGGACAAGAUAUCGUGGCUGACGGGGGUGGUGGUGGACCUGGAUCUGCGUGUGCUUGACGUCUUCGUUGGUUACCCGGGCAGCUGCCACGACAUUCGGGUGAUCCAGUUGUCAAGUCUGUCGAAGCGCGCGGAAGAGGGAACGCUUUUUCGCGGGCCGCCUGUAACGCUAUCGGGAGGGAUGAGGACGAACGGAUACAUCUUGGGCGACAACGGGUAUCCUCCUUCAGAAUGGAUAGUGGUGCCGUAUGGAGGAAUCAGUCAGCACCCGGACGAGGAAAGGUUCGACAACAAACAGAAGGUCGCUAGAGGUUGUGGAGAGGGCGUUCGGGAGGUUGAAGGGGAUGUGGAGGCUCUUCCUGCGGUCGCACAAGACGAACUUGGACACUCUACCGCAGCAGUUCACGGCUGUCUGCAUUCUCCACAACAUCCUGCUCGAUGCUGGAAUCGCGUUCGACAAGAACUUGUUGUGGGAGGUCGACGAGAACGGGGUAAGGCGACGAGUGGACAUGGGGAUUCAUCGUCCACUACAGCCAGUGACGAUGUUGACAUCGACGAACGCCGCACACGCGCUCCGCAAUGCCCUAGCGCAGCGAAUGAAACACAUCUGAUCGUGCGUGUCGCGCCACUCUGCCUCGCGUACACAAACAAAAGCCGUGUGCGUCCGUCGUCGAGUCACAGCGCUUGCGUCAUUCACGAAUGCGCGCAGUUAGCUCACAGGGUUUGCAGUGGCGGACGACUCGUUUGUAGGUGUUUGUUGUUGUAGUC